AUGACUCUCACCUCUGACGGCUCACCGCAGCAUGCGGUACCGCAUGAUGCACAGGAGUUGCACGACCGCACGCACGUUUACCUUUCUACAGUGACCCCGACGUUGGACUCCAUUGAGAACCUCUUGGCAUCGUGGAACCGCUUCCGUGAAGUGUCCUCGGCCGCCGGCAAGGUGCCGGAGGGCAGCAGUCUUCGCAGCGUUCGCAUCGACCCCUUUACCGUUCUCAAGUCCCCACCGCUCAUCUCGGAGACGGAGAUCGACCGCGCUGUCAAGCAGCUGACCGCGAAGGAGUUGAAGGCACUACAUGACGAGUUUGAGCUCACCUGCGUCGACGACUUUGUGUACGUGAACUCUGAUGAGGGUGAUGAGGCGGAUGCUGCGACGAGCGCUCAGGCUGCGGCCCGGACUGUGCACUUCGCUGACGAAGCAAAAGGCGACAGGGAGGAGAGCCAUGACCACGACAACGGCAGGGGUGGCACCUGUGGCGCCGGUGUGGUGCAGUGGAAACGCGCGGGGGAGUGGACGGCCUCCGCACUGGGCGCGGCAUCACCGCCGCCUGCCGCCAAAGCCACGGGUGCAUUGGCUGACACGUCAGCCACCUCGAGAGCGACCGCACUUUUUGAAGGGAACACGGCUACAAUCGAUGCCCUUCGAGCCACCGCCGGUGGUGGCGGUUGCGGAUCUGGUGCAGCCUCCGCCCACUUCUUGGCUUCGGACGCUGACCCGCUGAUGCCCUCCGAUGGUGUGCAAACGCCGCCGGUGAUCUCGUUGGAGGAGAUGUCACCUUCCUCGAUAGCCGCCAUUGCUGCUGCCCGUGAGGAAGCGACGAACGACGACGCCUCUGGCCCCUCCUCCUCGCGACUGACCGCCACCUUUGCCGCCACUACCAACAGCGCGUCCGAGUUGCCGGCUGGAUGUACCGUGGAGCUAGAGUACACAACCGACCACUGGAUCCCCAGCGCUACCCAGCGUGUGCUGCAGGAAGAUGCAGGGGGUAACAUCACCGUUACCACCGCCACGACUCACACGGACACGAUUCAUGCUAUGACGAUGGAAUCCAGCGCGGCUCCAGCAGCUGAGAGCGCCGCCGCCAGCACCACGGAGAGCGAUGAAGAUGAGGACGAAAUCCGCUCCUUCACCACGUUUUCACGUAUGGCGCUCGCCAAUCAUGCGCGGCGACUGGGGUCGCGGCAGGCGGAGGAGGGCGCAUCACCGCACCCCACAGCUCUGCAGCGACCAUGGACGGUUCAUGAGAGCAAGACGACGGGCACGGAGGCACACCGUGAUGCCGGUACCCCUCGAGCAAAGAAUAGACCCGUUGCCUCCGCCACUCCAGCGCCCUCCACUACUCCCUUAUCCUCGCAGCCUGGGGCUACGACGAAGGCUGAUCUCACCCGCGAACGCAACGCCUUCGUCCGGAUGCGUGUCCGCGAUGUUCUCCUCGCCAACCGGGUGCGCGCUAUGGACACCUCUGUGCUUGGCGCUGCCUUCUUUGCGAAGAUGGACACCGCCUGGAAUGCCGCCGCCGACCAGACCACGCCUGUCCUGCAGAGGCUUGAUGAGCUUCUCUGCGAGUCGAGCGCGCUGCUGCACACGCUGGAGGUUAUGGAUCACCAGGCAUACCGGGAGCGGGUCAUGGACCCCACCCAGUACCUCUGCGUCCCGCGGUACAGCGUCGCCUGCGCAGCGGCAGACUGCCACACGCCCUUCUCUGCCACCGUCACGCGUGUCAUGUGCGGACGGUGCGGGCAGUUCUUCUGCCCCAAGUGCUGCGCCGAGCGAGGGGUGGGACCCGAUGUGAAGUGCGAGGGCCAGCGCUAUUCGCUUGGCUGGGAGCCGCUGUGCUGCGUGUGCUAUCAAAUGUGCCGCGACAGUCAGCAGAGAGUAGUUGAGGAGCGCAAUCACGUGCUGAUGAUCACGAACCGAUCUUCAAACGGCGGACACGCAGGGGAGGCGGCAUACGAGGAGAGGAAUGCGCGCCACGCCGCUGCUGGAGAGCUGAGCUUGAAGGAGGCGGUUCUUUUCGGCGCUUACUGCGAUGAACAUCGCUGCCUCAGCGACGGGCUUCCUCCCUUCUACGUGAUCCAGCGCAGCGCCAACGAGACGGUGAGCUUCUGGGAUAUCCUCGGCUACCACUUCGCCAAGACCCAGGGCACCCUUCGGCGCGGCUGGCAAAACGCUGGAAACCUGGCGACGCAAGCAGUGAACAGCGCGGCGCAGAUGAUGUCGCGGCGCAAAGGUACGCUGCGUUAG